GUCUUGAAUUAUUUAAUUUAGAAAUCUUCAGUUUACUGCCAGUAGCUACUCUUGUCUCUAGAAAUGUUCUAAUAAUGCAUGGAGGACUCUCUAGUGUUAACAACUUUAAUCUUGAUGAUAUCAGGAGAAUACCCCGGGGUAAUGGAUUUCAGCCUGAAGAUGAUGAUGUACUUGUAGAUAUACUAUGGUCUGAUCCUAUGGUGAUAGGGACAGGUAUUGAGGAAAACAAGCGUGGGGGAGGUAUACUCUUUGGAGCCGAUGUUACUGCAAGCUUUCUCAACAGAAAUAAUCUUCAGUGUAUAAUUAGGAGUCAUACAGAGAUAAGAGAGGGCUGUUCAUGUACUCACCCUGGCUGUUAUACAGUAUUUUCAGCACCUAAUAAAUCUAAGAAUGUACUGGGCGGAGUGUUAACCCUGCAUAUUAUGUUGUAUAGGAAUGUACUGGGCGGAGUGUUAACCCUGCAUAUUAUGUUGUAUAGGAAUGUACUGGGCGGAGUGUUAACCCUGCAUACUAGUGAAUCAGAGAAUCUCCGUCUUGAAGGAUUCGUCUUUCAGCAAUCCAUUUAGAAGAGUUUAAUGGGAAUCAGUCUGCUCAUUAUUCAACCAAAAAGGAAUCAGUCUAUUCUGCAGUAAAUUAGUCCAAAAUAGCUAUGUCCAUAUAGUUUAGAGAAGCGUGUAAGUUUUUAUAAAACUAUAGCUGUCAUAUUGCCCUUUUUAACUAAAGACUGAAGUUGUUUUUGUCAAAUUUAAUUUUUUGAGAUAUAAAUAAAAGGUUUUUGUAUUUAUGUCCGACAGUAAAUUUGCAACAUUUUUGUUCACUUUUAACGUUUAAUUUAAUUCCAAAUAGAUUAUUAAGAAAGAAGAAUUGAGAUGUAAAAGCUUUCCUGUUUUGAAACUUGCUAUUGAUGCAGUAUAUUUUUAAAGAUAUGUCUCUACAAAUGAACCCCGACGAACACAAAACCAUGUCAAAUGGUUGAGGAACAAUGAAAAUUAUUUAUUUAUUGGUUAAGUUUUAUAUAAUAAAACAGUCCUAUAAUAUAAUGUGUUAAUUUUAACUUAGAAGAAUAAAAUUUCUAUGUGUUAGUAAA